AUGAGCAGGUUUGCCCUUGAGAUGCUCCGGCACCACAACCAGAAGCGACAGUUGCACCAGGAUGUGCCGGACCUAGUGUGGAACCAGACAGUGUACGACUUUGCUCAGAGCUACGCCGACAGCUACGGCUGUCCGGAGGACUUGGAGUUGGUGCACUCUAUGUCGGCAGACUACGGCGAGAACUUGGCGGCAGGCUUUCGGAACGUGUCGGCGGUGGUAGAUGUUUGGUACGACGAAAUUGCCGACUUCGACUACAGCCGCAUGGACGAGUACGACGACGGCUCGUUGCUUAAGAACGUCGAUCCAGAACGGCCCAUCGGCCACUUCACGCAGCUCAUUUGGAAGAGCACCACGCAGCUUGGAUGUGCGUACAAGCGGUGCGCACGCUACCUCUACUACACGUGCAACUACUACCCGGCCGGCAAUCUUCGGAUUGUCGGUGGGCACUCGUACACGGCCAACAUCGCGGCCUUGCGGUGA